UUCUCUGAUAUUGGAGAUCACUAGAUUCAAUUUCUAACCUUAUUUUAUAUGUAAAUUUGUUGUACAUACAAGCAUUUUAUAUAAAAUAUUAUUACUUCCGGAAAUUAUUAGCGAUGCAAUGUACGAAGCUUUUAUUAAUGGUUACCGUUUAGCUGACGUGUCACAUGGCAAACCCUAUUAUGUUUACUGUAUCGAAGUUUUGGAAUCAAAGACUGGCACUCGACAUUUCAUCGAGAAAAGAUACAGUGAAUUUAGUGCGUUACACCGCAAGUUGAAGAAGGAUAAUUCAGAUAUUGCACCAUUUCCACCAAAGAGAGUAAGAAACUCGCAACCGAAAAUAUUGGAACAACGACGAGCUGCUUUGGAAUUAUAUAUACAAAAAAUGCUAAGCCUGUUAGCAACAAAACAACAAGUUCUCAAUUUUCUGGGUAUAGAAAGCCAAGAAACUACAUAUCAUAGAAUACAUAAAGCUGCAGACAAUUCAGUGCAUAACCAUCCAAAUACUUUGGGACAUCAUCCAGUCUUGACUUUUCAUUGUGAUCCAUAUGUCCCAGCUGAUUCAACUAACAGUCUUUCAGAUGUUGUAACUAAUGGUGUAUUAUUAGAAGAGACAUCAAAAUAUACUUCGCGAAUGGACUUUACGAAAAGCAACGAGGAAUAACUCUCUAUGAUGAAAA